CGGCGGCGCGAUUCUCGUUGCGAAGAGAGAGCGGAUCUUGAACCUUAGAUCUUUAGCUUAGAUCUCACUGUUCAAAAUGGCAGCGACUUCGAGGAUGGAGUGCAGUGAUUUUUUAGAAUUCCAGGACAACUUGAAGAAAAUGAGACAACUCGAUGACAAAAUAAUUUAUCUAUUGAAUACAACGAUCCCAACGGAAUCGUUCAGAAGUCAAAUAGAUGUAUCCGGAACUUGCAAGGAUCUGUUUCAACAAAUACAAUCGGGACAUGCCCAGCGCGAGAUUUCAAUUAAAAAAUGCUUAAACACAUCGAGAGAACGCGUUAAGCAACUCAAGGAAGAAAGAGAUGCUAAUCAAGAUGAUCCGACGAUAGCAAAAAAAUUGCGCAAAGAACAAUAUACUCUGAGAAUGUUAGAGGCUGAACUGGGCGUCGAAGAAGUAGUUAAACAACGUACCACCAAGGUGUAUUAUGAAAAGUGUCGAAGCUAUUACAAGCCCCCUACCAUAGACUCUUGAAAAUUGUCUUACAAUUGUUUAUAAAUUUGUUUGUCUAUCCCAUUAUUGUCGGACAAUUGCAAUAAAUGGCAAGAAAAAAUAAUUUGUACUAGUAGCACAGAAUAAGAUGAUUUUUUCAGGACAGAUUGUUGAUUGAAUCCCUGUGUAUUAUCGUCACAGAAUUACAAAGUGAAAAAAUUUUUGAGAAACAUUUGUAAUGUACAUAUUGCAAUACAUGAUUUACAAGAAA